CGCCUCCCUCACUGCAUCUGACAGCGUCCCUCCCUCUUUCUCUCCUCCUUCUCUCAUUAGGCUUUUUCACCGGCAAAACACCGACACACUCCCUUUCCUCCCGCCCCUGUAACCGGAGAAUAAACACGGAGCGGCGAAGGGGAGAAAGAUUGACCUCCGCCGGUGCGCACCACCAUCCAUGGUCCUCCCCUGGAUGUCUGUCUGACAGGAGGGUUGGUGUUACUUUGCUGACGAGACAGAGGCAGGCCCCGAGUCCGGAGGUGAAGAGAGCAAGAAAGGAGUCCUCCCAAACAGCAGGGGGCAGCAGUAAGCAUGCAGGACUCAGCCUCGGACAGCAAGAUGGCCAAACAGGAACAGAACUCCAAAUAUAUGGAUGAACCUAGAGAAACGGACGACAUGUCAGAGAGGACAUCCCCAAACAAAAACCUCAAGUCUCCCCAGAAGGGCUCCAAACGACUUAAAACAUCCCCCUUCAAAAUGACCCUGCUGGACACCUCCGAGUUCGAAGGCGAAAUUGAGAAACACUCCAAAGGACAGACCCUGAUGGACAUGGUGUGUGAGCACCUCAACUUGUUGGAGAAGGACUACUUUGGCCUGACCUUUGCCGACACGGACACCCAGAAGAACUGGUUGGACCCCUCCAAGGAGAUCAAGAAGCAGAUGCGCAACUCUCCGUGGCACUUUGCCUUCUCUGUCAAGUUCUACCCUCCAGACCCCUCCCAGCUCACAGAGGAUAUUACCAGAUACUACCUGUGUCUGCAGCUGAGGGAUGACAUGCUGUCAGGUCGGCUGCCGUGCUCGUUCGUCACUCACGCCCUCCUGGGCUCCUACAGCGUUCAGGCCGAGCUGGGGGACUACGACCAGGACGACCACGGCUCCGACUACGUCUGCGAUUUCCGCUUCGCCCCCAAUCAGACUCGCGAGCUGGAGGAGCGGGUGAUGGAGCUCCAUCGAAACUACAAGGGGAUGACUCCAGCAGAGGCUGAAAUUAACUUCCUGGAGAAUGCAAAGAAACUGUCCAUGUACGGGGUGGACCUCCAUCAUGCCAAGGACUCUGAAGGGAUUGACAUAAUGUUGGGUGUCUGUGCCAAUGGCCUGCUGAUCUACCGCGACAGGCUGAGGAUCAACCGAUUUGCCUGGCCAAAGAUCCUCAAGAUCUCCUAUAAGAGGAGCAACUUCUACAUCAAGAUACGACCAGGAGAGUAUGAGCAGUUUGAAAGCACAAUCGGUUUCAAGCUUCCAAACCACAGAGCUGCCAAGAGGCUGUGGAAGGUCUGCAUCGAGCAUCACACCUUCUUCAGGCUGGUGUCUCCAGAGCCUCCUCCGAAGGGCUUCUUGGUGAUGGGUUCAAAGUUUCGAUACAGUGGAAGGACACAGGCUCAAACCAGACAGGCCAGUGCUCUUAUAGACCGGCCCGCUCCGCACUUUGAGCGCUCCACCAGCAAGAGGUACCUGCUGUCCAGGAGCUUGGACGGAGCAGAGUUCUCGCGGCCGGUUUCAGGCAUGUGCGAGAACCACGACCGCCUGUCCCACCGCAGCCUCGGUGAACAGCGGCGCCUCCACAGCCCCUCCGUGGAUGAGCAGGAGACCGAGCUGGAGCCCAGUAUGGAGCAGGACGAGGAGGACAGUCGCCAAGAGCGGGGCGAGGAGACGGGGCACGACGACGAAGACGGCGAUGUCACCCCGAGCAGAAAGAAAGAGAUCAUGGAGGAGGCUGGCUCACCAGUCGACAGUAAACAGGAGUCGGACCAGGAGGCCAGUCCUCGGCACAAACAGGAGUUCCUGGAUAAGUCGAAGGACGUCUUGCUGAAGCACCAGGCCAGCAUCAACGAGCUGAAGAGAACCCUGAGGGAGCCGAGCGGCAAGCAUCCGUACCGUGAGAAACGUCUGUCAGCCACCUCCCCGACUGGCACACCGGAGAAGACGGCAUCGGCGGGCCAAGCAGUGGGGAAGGACCCUGUUAACAGUCUCUCUGUUGAGGGUUUCGUCCAGAAGACUGUGGUGGCUUCGCCUGAGGGCUCUGAGGAGUGGGUAUUGAUUGACAAACAAGAAACUUAUCAACAGGACCAUGACUGGAAGGCAGAAGAAAAGAACAGAUCUCUCGCAUCUGAUUCGUCAUGGGAGAAAAGGGAGCUGGAAAGAGAGAUAGACAUUGCCAAGAUGAUACAUAAAGAGGUAACAGGGUAUGACAGAAAAGAAAUGAAAAGCCAUAUUGAUGAUUUUCCAUCAACAAAAUCGUCCAGAGAGGCAGAUGAGUGCUCUGAGCCACGGCCGGCUAACAAAAGUCGUUUCGUGAUUCAAUUAACGGAGAACGCAGACUCCUUUCAAGACAAAUCUCAAAGCAAACCACCUGAAGCCUCAGACCCCGAGGCAAACAAUGACGUGGCCCCCGGCUCUAGGCAGAUAAAGGAACGCACAGCUUCUAAACCACGGAAAAAGAGGAGACCCCAGAGCUUAAACCUGGGGAUGCCUGCCGAGCUCAUCUAUGAGAAAGGAAGAGGCGAAUCCACUGAAGAAGAGAGUGAGGGCUCAGAGUCGGACAACGGUCCAGAAAAAACCUCCAAAACAGGAAAUCAUUGUGAGUCAUCGCCCGCGGAAAUGAUAACAGAUGAUGAGGGAUCAAGAAAGGAUCAGUCUGUCAGGGUGUUUCAAGACAGCCAACAAGAGGAUAUGUCGAUAGGAGAAAGCAGGGUGGACUCCACUCUAGGAGCAGAGCAGGUAAAGAGAAAAGUGAGUCAGGUCGAGCCAGCUGAUGUCGAUUCAGACUCGGUGAACGGACUCGGAAAGAUAGAUGAUAGUUCAUUGGCGGGUGUUAAAGGGGAGUGUGCGACAAAGGUGCGAGGGCGGGGCCUUAUCGACAACAAAGAGCUAGCCGAGGUUAAGCUGCGACAGGUGAGGACGCACGAGAGGAAGGUCAGUAGCUCCGGGGGGGAGGACGUGGAGGGUUUCACGGGAGGACAGAGGACGUCCCUCCACCGGCUGUCAGGCAGCGGCUGCCAGUCGGAGAUCUCCAGGAUCGUCCCUCUCAAGCCAGAGCGGUCCAAGAGCAUAGCAUGUAAGGACGAAAGGGACGAUACGGGACAGGACGAGCUCACACGGGCCCUCAGGAGAGAACACCGCUGGUCGGUGGGCUCUCCAGAGGGAUCCUUAGACUUCGCCUGGACUGACAACGCCGCAGCCGCAUUCCAGCCGGCGUUCGCGGCAGAUCUGGAGGGUAUCGCUAAAACGGAUCAUCCUGAUGAUGGUCACCACUCUGCCAGAAUACCCGCAGAGAGUCAGUCGUUCGGCUCAAAGAUUUUGGCGCUUCCCAAAAUGGCUCCCCCAGCCCCGCCGGUGAAAACGCAGAAGGCCCGGGAGUCUGGGCUAAUACUGCGGAACAGCCGAAACGCUGGCAGGGAGCCGAGCCUGGACGCAGCCAAGAAGAGACACUCGGAGCCCGUCACUACUCCCGCCAUUUAUGAAGAGCCGUUCGCUGAAUUCAAGAAGGAGCUCGGGGACAGGAGGCCUCAGCCGAGCCUGGCCUCGGAGGAGGAGCAGGAGCGGGACACGGUGGCCUGCAUGAGGGAAACCCACCUGGGCAUCGAGCGCAAGUGCUCCAGCAUGACGGUCAGCUCCACAUCCAGCCUGGAGGCCGAGGUCGACUUCACCGUCAUCAUGGACCUCCACUCCGGCGCCGAGGACUUCUCUAGGUGCAUGUCGGAGAUGGGAGAGAGGGAGCGACAGCCCGAGGUGGGCCGGGAGGACUUCGAGGAGAACUCCAGGUUCUACUCCGCCCGUCUCAUGGGCUCCCGGGACAAGUCUCCCAUGGAGGAGAAGUUUCCUGAGGAGGGAGCACAUCACGAGCCUCCCGUGGCAAAGAAGGAAGCCAGUGCUGUGAGCAUGGCCCACAUGCUGAAGAGGGCCGACUCCAAGAUUGAGACGCAUACGAAUGGAUCGGAGGUCCACCCCAGCAUCACGAAUGUCUCACCGCAGAACUUCGGAGACGUCAGCCCGUGGGAGGCUCCUGCUGCCCUUAAAGAAAAUGGCUCUCCUGUAAAAGCCGGGACCCAGGGGAGGGAGUCUGUUGUGUCCCCGCUGACCAUCACCGCUGAGAACGUCACCUCGGCAACCACAACUCAAGUUACCAAGACUGUGAAAGGAGGCUACUCGGAGACCAGAAUCGAGAAAAGGAUUAUAAUCACAGGAGACGAUGAUGUGGACCAACAUCAGGCCCUCGCCAUGGCCAUCCAAGAGGCCAAGCAGCAGCACCCCGACAUGCUAGUGACAAAAGCAGUGGUGAUCAGGGAAACGGAGUCUCCCACUGAGGAGCUGCAGCAACAGCAAGCAGAGUCCUGAUCGGCCAUGGUGGCUCCUGAGACGGGGCAGGGGGGACAGGAGAGCAUCCUCCAGCUGCGCGUCUCCUGGCCUGCUCCCCCCCCCCCACCCGCAGUACGCCACCACCCAGAUACGAGGGCUCUCUACCCCGCUUGUGGAAACACCGAAACAACACCAGACUGCGCUCCAUGAAGCAGUAUACCUCCGCUCCCGUCCAUUCAGACAAAACCAACUGUGACUCGGCCUGCGACCCAAACCGGCCCCUCGUCCUGGCCCGACCCAGCCUUCACCAGCCCUCCGCCUCAUUAUGGAACAGGAAAACGCUUAGUAUAAAGAAGUGGAGUAGUCACAGCUAUUUCAAUUCACCUCUGUUGGAGUCAUUUGUCUGAAACUUGACUUGCAUAUUAUUCAAUCUAAUACUUUUUGAUUCCCUUGAACCAUGAGCGUCAUUCGAAUCGAUGAGUUUUCAACCCCAAACUCCCCCACCUCGCCCCGACACCCUUCCUUCACAAAUGACUACUUUGAAUUGUGAGGUUCCCAAACAUGUGUCCCAUAUGAAAUGAAUGAGGUAUAAGAGCGGGGGGGUUGAGGGAAAGGAUGGGGACAACGCUGGCGGCUGGGAGGUCGGCGGCAAGCGGCUUUCGCUUGAUUGUUGCCACCUCCCGGCUGCCACACCUUCAGUAUAAUCAACAGCUGUCUUAUUAGCUUUUUACAUUUUUAUCUAUAGAGGAUCUAAUUUAUGUCCAGUGUUUGCUUGUUUAUGAAACAUGUAUAAUAUCAGAUAAUCUGCAUGAUUCAAUCAAAAAAAUUAUAAAAAAAUAGCAGAGGGAAUGAAAAAAAAUCAAUAAAUCAAUAAAUACACAAACAUGUCCACAUUUGAAAUCCAUAAAUAACUCCGACAUGAUGGGACUGAGCACCUGGAGAGAAACUGUAUAGAUCGCUGGGGCCAAUGCGUAGUGGACACGUGAGCGAUGUGGACGGAGUCCACUGAGGAGGGACAGUUGUGGAACACUUCAGUGGACAGCUGGAACCCCGACAUGCAACCGACACUGUCCCGGUCCCGUUCACCGUUACCGUUUUUAUUUCGACGUCAACUCGCCUUCCACGUUUAAGAAAUGCUGGUCACACGUUUCGGGCACAGUCAUAGGAUUUUUAGAGAUAUUUUAAUAUAAAUAAUGUUUUAUCUAAUACGUUCCAGAAAUGUGCUGAUGUGUUUUCUUUUGAUUUUACUGACUUCCAUCAUGAAACAGAGAUUGCACGUGAUUCUUGCGCUUUUGGACGUUUCAGGCUUCAUGUGUGAACACGCUGAAACCUCUCGCUGAGAGAGCUUCAUUGUAAAAACAGAUCUUACAAAGUUAAUCAGAGAGAUCUUGCCCGGAACUAGAGAAUCGUUUGCCCAAAUUGUGAAGUUGUGCUGCAUUGAAGAGAAAUGCAGUGAUUUGGGGGACAAAUCUUUUAGUCGUUUUUUUUUUUUUUGUUGUGCCAGUAAUAUCAUGUUUGUUUAUCAUUUGAAAUAUUUUUGGAGUAUGAAGAUAUUGAUGAUAGCGGCUUUAAACGGCAACUUAAAAAGAAGCUUUUAAAGUUCGUACGUGCAUGUUCACAAACACUGCCUGAAAUGUUUCAAACCACAAGGCUAACAUGGGUACUUUAUUUGUUUUUUUUAAAUGUUGGAUUAACUCUUUUAAGUUAUGGUGUAUGAGUUUCUAAUUGUAUUUAUAGGAGUGGUGAAUGUGAGGCCUGUGCUCCCCCCCCCCCCGUUCCCCUGACAGACUCAUAGUGUGACAUACCCCCGAGCGCCGUCCAUCCACGUGACCCGUCGGCUGUCACAUAGCAUAUAACCUGGAUGACCUUUAAUAAUAUACUAUGCAUCACUUAAUCAUCCAUAAGGACCCGCUGUGAUGGAGCCUGACCCAUGUUAGCCGUCAUUGUUACCUUUGUGCUAAUGUCAACCGAAAGCGGUGAAGCGCACUCACUGCUUGUAAAAAAAAAAAGAAUUUGCAAUAAGCAGCCAUUGCUCGUGUCCUCUAAAGGGAGAAAACUGUGAACUCUCAUGUGUAACCCAAGCGUAACCAAAACCUAUAACACAGAGUUAGCGGUAUUCAAAAGGAAGCUUUUUUCCCGACACUUUGUGACCACGGCUUUGUCGUCCCAUCCUCCCAUCCCCUGACUUGAACCUGUCGACCCCUGCUGGUGAUGUGUCUGAGGAAAUGAGAUUCACAAACUGAUUAUUUGCAUUUUUUUUUUUGCUGUUUUUCUUUUUAUUUCUUCUUUUUUUUAUUGUCAUAUGACACUGGACUGUUGUGAAGGCACUUGCUUGCAUUGACAGCAGCACAUACAUGUACUGUAAACUUGUUGAAAAAAAACAAAAAAAACCUGUCUGUGCUGUAGGACCGGACACACUACUGAUGGAAGACGGACGACUGUAGGCAUCAGGAGAGAGGCUGUGGGUGAGGUGGUGCGUUGAAGGAUGGAGGGCCUCUAUAUAUAUAUAUAUACAUAUAUAUCUAUAUAUAUGUAGAUAUAUAUACUUCUGUGUAGUACCCUGUAAACUAUGUAUAAAUUGUCAGGAGCAGGGAUGUGUUUUUAGGCUCAAGAGGUGAGGCAGUAGGUGUAGUCGUAAGGAGAAGCAGUGCAAUUGAAGGUGUCUCAUGAACGGGUGCCUUAUGUUUGGGGUCGUGGUUAUGAGAGCUGCAGCCACAGUUAUCAGAGCUCCGCCGAAAGCACCGUGAAUCCACGAGGCAGACGUGGAACCGACCUCCCCCCUCAGGGAGCAGAGGAGCUGGUCUUACAAAGUGAAUUAUUGUCUUGUAAAGAAUGUGACAUCAAGCGUAGAAGUCUCUGAAUUUUGCACCGUUGAGUCCUCAGCAAGAUGACAACAUGUAUUGGCCCCAUUAAUGUGGAAAAGCAGAUGAGUUCAGAUUAUGGAUAUGAGGUCCUUUUGUUUUUUUCCUGAAGAGCAUCGAGCUGCGCUGCUGUUUAGCCUCCACCUUCAAGUCUCCACUGCCUUUUGGCUCUACAUUCCCCCUAGUGCUUGGUGGUGUGUAUUUGCUGUAUUUGCAUUCAGUCUAAAUGGAAAACAUACACGCAUAAAUAAAUGUCUCAGUAUGAUUCAAACACUGUCUCUGAUUCCACAAAGGAGGGGCGAGGGAUUGCACUUUGAAGUGGACCGUGGGGGAAAUGUAUUCUUUGUUUACUUCAUUACGCCAGUAAUUCAUCGUAUGUAAUACAUUGUUUUUGUAACGGAGGGUAGUGUUGUUGUAGUGGAGCAGAAGGGAAAUGUCCUUGGUCUGCGCUGCCAUCUCGUGGCUUAAACCAGCACAUAGAGGUAAAGAAGUUAUGUAUGUGCCGUUAGUGCCAUCUAGUGUAUUUCCUGCUUCACUUCACUCAACAUAUAAAUGGACUUCACUCAUGCGUUUAUAAAGGCCACAGAUUACCAGCA